UUCAAGUUCAAGCAACAGUGUAUGUAACCAUUGUGAGCGUGACACCCUCUCUGCACCCUAAAAUGGCCAAGAACAUAGAAAAGUCAAUUGUUCCAAAAGAAGAAGAAGAAGAAGAAUCAGGGGAGGAGUGGUGUUUUGAAUGCAAGGAUGGUGGACAAAUGGUCGUUUGUGAUCACAACGAUUGUGGAAAAGUUUAUCACCCGGUCUGUGUUAACAAGGACGAUUCUUUUUUUGACAUUGCAAAAUAUUGGGUUUGUGGUCGGCAUUUUUGCUUCGACUGUAAUGAACGUUCUAAGUUUCAUUGUAUUAGCUGUCCAAAUGGUGUGUGCAGAAAGUGCUUUGCUGCCUCUGAUUUUACGGUUGUUCGAGGGGUAAAAGGCUUAUGCAUUGACUGUUCGGAGCUUGCGGUGAUUAUAGAACGAAAUUUGGACCAUGACUCCGAGGGGAACAAAAUAACCUUAGAUGACACAGAAACAUAUGAAUAUCUAUUCAAGGAGUAUUGGGACAUUAUUAAGGUAAAAGAAGGAUUGACUAGUGGUGAUAUCCUUGCUGCACUGCCCAACUACAAAAAGGGUAAACAAAUUCCGCAUCAUAAACAAAUUUGUAAAGGUGAAGAAGAAAAGCAAACUGAUUUGAUGUCACAGGUUAUUGAUGAAGAUUAUAAGCCAGAUGAAGAUUAUAAGCCAGCCAAACGUAAGAGGUACAAUUCAGAGGUAAAAGACGGAUUGACUUGUGAUGAUAUCUUUGCUGCACUGCCCAACUACAAAAAGGGUAAAAAAAUUGUGCAUCAUAAAAGAAUUUGUAAAGGUGAAGAAGAAAAGAAAAAUGAUUUGAUGUCAUGGGAAUGGGAUGUUGUUGAAGAUUAUAAGCCAGCCAAACAAAAGGGCUACAAUUCAGAGGUAAAAGAAGGAUUGACUGGUGAUGAUAUCUUUGCUGCACAGCCCAACUACAAAAAGGGUAAAAAAAUUCUGCAUCAUAAUUUUUUUUGUAAAGGUGAAGAAAAGAAAAAUGAUUUGAUGUCAUGGGAAUCAAAUAUUAAUGAAGAUUAUAAGCCAUCCAAAAGGAAGGGGUACUAUUCAGAGACAAAAGAAGGAUUGACUAGUGAUGAUAUCUUUGCUGCACAGCCCAACUACAAAAAGGGUAAAGAUUUUCUGCAUAAUAAAAAAUAUUGUAAAGGUGAAGAAGAAAAACAAAAUGAUUCGAUGUUAAGGCAUAGUGAUGAAGAUUAUAAGCCAGCCAAACAGAAUUUAGAGGAGUUUGAGGGAUGGGGAUCAAAACUUCUCAUUAGCUUCCUUGCAUCCAUUGGGAAAUGUGAAAGUGAACCAUUAACGCAAUGUGAUGUAAAUUCUCUCAUACAUGAAUACAUUAAGGAGAAAAAUCUUCAUCACCCUGAAGAUAAGGGGAAGUUCCUCGCUGAUGAAAGGUUGUUUCCUAUAUUUAGAAAGAAAGUUAUGCCAAAAAGUCAGAUAUAUCCUCUACUGGAGUUUCACAUUGCCAAGAAGUUGGAUGAUUCAUCUGUGGAGAAAAAAGAUGAGAAAAUAGAAAACAGUUCUACAGACAAGCAUGUCAAUGAUCAGAAAACAAGCAUGGGAAGCAGACUAUCAAGUUUAAUUGGAAAACCUCCAUUGAAAAAGGGAUCUUUUUUUAUCAAACAUAGCCGCUUUGUGUCCAUUACUGCCAAUAAUAUAAACCUCAUUUACCUAAAACGAAGUUUGGUGCUAGAGUUAUCAAAACAGCCUGAAAGUUUUGUGGUUAAGGCUGUUGGAACUUUUGUCAGAGCCAAAGUGGAUUCCAAUGAUUCUAGGCAAAGGAAGUCUUACCAUCUCUUGAGAGUUCUAGGUGUUUUCUUUGAUGAAAUAUCAAAUGGAACUCUCUUGCAAGUUUCCUUCAUGGAUAAGGCUGUUCCCAUUUCUGAGCUGUCAGAUGAAGACUUCACAGAGCAAGAAUGUGAGGAUUUGCAGCAAAAAGUGAAAGCCGGCUUGCUCCCAAAAUUAAGUGUUGUGGAGGUUCAAGAAAAGGCUGAAAUUCUUCACGAGGAUAUAACAAAACACAGGAUUCUGACUCGCCUAGUCUAUUUGCAAAAUCAAAUUGACCGUGCAAAUCUUAGAGGAAGAAAUAGAGAAAAAAUUGAAUUACUAGAGGAAAAGGAACAGCUUGAACAAUCAUGGAAACAAGGAGAACCGUUAAAGAGCAAGCCAUCAGUUCGGCCGGAGCUUAUUGAGGCAAAAUAUGAUGAAGAUUCUGAAGAAGAUGACCAAUGAUUCCUCUUUAUUGCUCUAAAUUUUUCAGAUGGGCUCAAUCUUGGACUUAGCUCUUCAAUUUCUUAAUGUUGUUUGAAAAACUUAUAGGUUAUUAUGUAUCAGAAAUAAAUACCCAGGCACGGUAGAUUACGUUAUGAGUUCCAACGUAUAUGGAGCUCGUCAGAAAACCUUAUUAUAUUCGAUCAUAUAUGGUUUCUUUGUCUGAAAUUAUGGAAAGAGAUCUGAUGAUACAAUGAGAUAGGCGUGGUAAAUUUAUUUAAUUAUAAUCUCUGGUAUUUUAGUUUUAGUUUUUGUAAUGUAGAGGAUAACUGUAACAAAA